AUGAGAGUGACUGACAAGUGUGACGUGUAUAGUUUUGGAGUGGUGGUGUUGGAGAUAAUGAUGGGAAAGCAUCCGGGAGAACUCUUGACUACACUAUCUUCAAACAAGUAUUUGCCAUCAACGGAGGAACCACAGGUGCUACUGAAGGACGUGCUUGACCAAAGGCUUCCACCUCCAACAGGCCAAUUAGCAGAAGCAGUAGUGUUCACAAUGACCAUAGCUUUGGCAUGCACACGUGCAGCUCCAGAGUCCAGACCCAUGAUGCGUGCUGUGGCUCAAGAACUAUCGGCUACUACACAGGCUUGUCUUCCGGAGCCAUUUGGCAUGAUAACCAUGACCAAGCUUACAGGGUUCCAGAAAUAG